AAUUUUUUAACUUGUUAUUCAAUUGUUAAUUCGUAUUUCAAUACUCAAUCUUAUCGUAUAGAUAUGGAUUCUGGAUGAUAAAAUGUUUAUUUUGUAAUUGUUGCAUUGUUCCCAGUUUUAAACGAAACGUUCUACAUUUUACUGUGUUUUAUUUUGUAAAAUAUAAAAUCCAUCCGCAUAAAAUUAUUUCGCCGUCUCCAAAAUCAUAAAUCCAUUUUCGUUCCAUAUUAUUUUUGAUCAAUUUCCUUCACUGUUCAACUAUUCGUGAUAUCAUUCCACAUCACUAUUCACCCUCACCCUAGCUAGAUCAUGUCCGAGGAGCCUCCCCCCUACAGUAAACCUCUUCCUCCCCCAAUCGGGCAGAUCACCUACUCUUCAGUCUCUGCUCCCCCUCUCCCGGAGUAUGAACAGGAGUACACUGAACCCACUCAACCCAUCACAGAGAAGGUAGCAGCGACGGUAGUGCUACAGCAAGCACCAGUCCAACAACAGAUAGUUGUGCAGCAAGCACAGGUCCAACCUAGAGCUGCUGCAUCUCCAAGAUCCGCUUGUACCACCUCUCUAAACAUAGUAAUGUUGAUAGCACUGUUAGUGAUAAUACCGGCUGGAGCAGUUAUGUGGUACCUGGGCUCUGUUAGAGGGGAAACAGGUCUUAAAAUAGCUGGAAUCUGUUUACAGGGGUUCAGUUUUGUGGUGGUAGAACUACUACAACUGCUCUGGUAUCUCCAUGAAAAGAACGCAUUUCUACACGCUAAUCUCACCUUAGUUCGGCAAUAAUACCACAAUAGGGUGUUGGAAUCAUCAUUUCUAAAUAAAUGUUGGAUACCAAGAUAUCAAGAAAUUACAAAAGACGGUACUAUACCGAGAUCAGAAUAUGAAACAGUGAAUCUUACUUGGUGACUAAUUUUGGUAUGAUAUGUACGCGUACGAGACUGGGCCUGGAUGGCCCACGAGAGUUAGAGAUUGUUGCGACCUAAAAUGAGAAUUACUUUAUAUGGGGCUCAAUCUGUUGGUGCAUUGAAAUACACUUAAUAACGUGUAAAUUAUUAGAAAUACUAGCUUACCAGUUUAUUGAUCAAAAUAACAUUGGAAUAGACAUUUUUGUUUAAUAGUUUAUUGAUCAUGAUUGCUUUUGAAACUGACCGAAAACGGUGGACACAGCUUUGUUCUGUCAAUGGCUAUUUGUCUUGAUAAAUUUGUUACAACGGCACCGAGUUUAACUCCAGUAAAGUUCAGUGUUAUCGUUAAUAGCAAGUCGUCUUAUUUGUGAAAAGGUAUUCACAUGGGGACAAUCAUACACAAUUGUAUCAAAUCUUAUACACGCUAAUCUCACCUUAGUUCGGCAAUAAUACCACAAUAGGGUGUUGGAAUCAUCAUUUCUAAAUAAAUGUUGGAUACCAAGAUAUCAAGAAAUUACAAAAGACGGUACCUACUAUACCGAGAUCAGAAUAUGAAACAGUGAAUCUUACUUGGUGACUAAUUUUGGUAUGAUAUGUACGCGUACGAGGCUGGGCCUGGAUGGCCCACGAGAGUUAGAGAUUGUUGCGACCUAAAAUGAGAAUUACUUUAUAUGGGGCUCAAUCUGUUGGUGCAUUGAAAUACACUUAAUAACGUGUAAAUUAUUAGAAAUACUAGCUUACCAGUUUAUUGAUCAAAAUAACAUUGGAAUAGACAUUUUUGUUUAAUGGUUUAUUGAUCAUGAUUGCUUUUGAAACUGACCGAAAACGGUGGACACAGCUUUGUUCUGUCAAUGGCUAUUUGUCUUGAUAAAUUUGUUACAACGGCACCGAGUUUAACUCCAGUAAAGUUCAGUGUUAUCGUUAAUA